AUGGUAAAAAAUGGAUGAUGCUGCCGUUUACGCUACCAUUAAUGCAUCUGCAUGUGUUAUUUUGUUUAUAUUCAAGCUGAAUAUAAUGAAUUCUUUCUAGCCUGUCGUGUGCUACGGCUUAUUAAACAAUUAACUACCUACCCCGAAUGUGAGAAAGUUGAAAAAAGUUUGCCCUCCGGCGUACUAAGCAAUCCAAGCACAUUAUCCAGACACUCUACGCUUUUCUAUUUUAUAAUUUGGUGCCACUAUUACUCUGCGUGCUUCGCUACAUUCGACUCGGCUUACUUCAGCUAAACUCACUUGUGGUGUGAGUGGUUGGUCGGUUAGAUGGUUGGCUGUGUGGAUGGUUGGUUGGUUGUGUGACUUGGCAUUGAGUUUUUGAUGGUAGUAAGAUCUGAAAUUGGAAUAACUAAAUUAGAAAAUUAACGCAAGCGCACAAUACUUGAAACAUGUCACGUUUUGGAUUGCGAAGCAAUGCGGAUGGCUUUAAAUUAUCAGAAGACAAAUUUAGUAGAAGAAAAUUGUGCAAAUCUACAUCAGCAGCCGCUUCAAUAAAACGUGCACUACAACAAAAAGACAACGAAGAUAAUGCAGGCGACGAGAAAAACUUGGAACUGAAGGAUAUAGAAGGGACAUUUGACCCUAUAAAUCCAAACGAUGAUGAUGGAGACGACGGAUUACCAUUGGCAUCAGCAAUAGUGAAGGGUGGAGCGCUCGUAUGUCGAUUGCCCUUAGACCGUAUAACAGAUAUUAUACAAAAACUUAAUUUGAAUAAAACGGAAGCAGAUAUAAUUGAUUUAAAGGAAACGAACGAUCAAGGCAACGAUGAGGUGGAGGAAGUUGAAGACGAAGAGGAUGAUGAGGAUAAGAUACAGGAUGUUAGUUUAUCAAAGCCGACAACUGCGAUGAUAAAGAUUUUGUGUCUGUACUGUGAUAAGAAAUUUUCAUCUCAUAAAAUGCAAUUGAAGCAUGUAGACAAAUUUCAUUGCCAGCAACCAGAUCGACGUUGCAGUGUUCGUAAUGCUUUGGUGCAACAGACUAGCGGUUCGAGAAAACGUAAAUCGAACAUUGGGCAACAAAGUUUUCCCGGUUGUACGUAUUGUCAAAAGGCUAAGGGGCAACAAAUUCAAUUGCCUGCGGCGAACGCCUACGAUCUGAACGCUUUAUUUAUACAUCUGGCUGAUUGUCAUGCCGAUAGAUACUUUGGCUGCAAAACAUGUGUCCUGCGUUUUCCAAAUAUUGGAAAAUUAUCGAAGCACAUGCAAAUAGUGCACAAAAGCUUGUCGUUUGCAUUUGAUGAGAAUUCCAAAUCGAAGGAUAACGAUUCAGAUUUAAUAGCUUCUGAUAAGCAGGCAAUUAGUGAACGCAGUAGAUUGUCAGUUAAACGACAACAGCGAUCACAAACCAGAUCGACAUCUAGUAGUAAUUUCGUUGUGCCUACUAUGAAUGUCGGACCUCAGUGCAGCACUGCCAUAAGUACUGACAUAACAGUUAUUGGUGCAGAAGAACCAAUACUUUCACGUUUGGGGUUAACGCAGAACCGAUUGCCAAAUAAUCGCAAAGGCGUGCGUUUACGUAGAGAAAAUUUACUACCGGAAGCCCUACUUAAGUCCGAACAAAAUCCAACUACGAAUUUUACUUCCCCGCCGACGCCGGCCCCGGCCACCUGCUCACCUAAGCUACGAGGCAAGGCUAUCAAACACCAGACAAAUAGCUUUGUUGGUGACACAACAACAGACGUAAUUUUUCGUGUACCCACUCGUAAUGAUAUUUUGUCUUGCGUUUUCGAUGAUAACUUUUACAAAGAAGUUGUGUCGAACGUACGAAACAAUCUUUUGUUCCAUAUUGAUGGUAAAAUUAUGGGCACUGCACUGCCUAACAUGGAUACGGUUUUAAUUCGACAUGCACCGCAACCGCAAAUACGCAGCACGCUAGUCAAAAGUCCUAUUGUUCUAACAACGAUGGAUAGUGAAAUUCAUGCUGCAACUAGCCUCGCAGCCGUCACGGCGUUCCCUACACUUUUGACGGCCAAACAAUAUGGUGGUGAUGCAACCUCCGCUAAGAUACGUCGACCCCAUACAAAAAAUUCGUGGAAAUGGAAAUGGGAUAGUGUUAAAAAAUUUAAAUUAGUUAACGAAGGUGGAAAAAUUGUUAAAAAAAUGAAGCAUCCAAUGUUCGGUUUACGUGAUCUUUCGAAGCUUGAUAUGUGGACCCAACUGACAAUGCGACAAAAACAUGAACAUCAGCAUCAUCAUCAACAGCAAUUGCACCAUCUGCAGCUGGAAAAUUCACAUCCAGAUAAGGGCGAAUUUAAUCAAUUGUCAGAAGUGUUCAACGAUCCUUGCCGUGAGGAAAAGCAACGUCUUAACGAUCAAUUAAACUUUAUUUUGGACAUGCGCUUAUUACCGCACAUUAUAUUGGAGCAAAGUGAGCAAGCCAUCAUCAAAGUUGAAAAUGAUGAAUUCGGUAUCGGCCCCACACGCUCCUCUAUUGAUGAAGAAGACUGCACCGAGAACAUUAUGAAUCAAACGUUUGCGGACGAGAGUUUCUUGUCAAUGUUAAAUUUAAUACCUAAACAUAACAGUGAUAUAAAAAGACAAAAAUUAGUAUUGAGUGGAGAAUGGGCGCGGCCGCGCUGCUAUCUUUGCAUGUGUUGCGGUGCAAAAUUUGAAAAAAUUAAAUCACUUGAGGAGCAUAAAAUGUUUCGUCAUUCUCACAUACUUUCCACUCAUUACGAAGUAGUAGGCCGAGAAUUAUUGGCUGGGAAUUUACUACGUCACCUUUUUAUACCGAAGAAAGCACUUAGCCGUUAUGGUAACGAACACAUUAGUUUAGCAUAUAGUGGUGCGGCUCGACGCUUAUUUUGGCGUAAAAACGAAAUUCUGACUAGAGAGAUUACAAAUAACGAUGAGUCUUCAGACAGCUUGCAAUCUAUAUUAAAUAGUUGCGCUACUAAUUCGCCCAGCGCUAAGCAUAGUUGUAUCGAGGAUUGCGAUACAGAUACUAAAACCACAACCGCCACGACGCCAGAUAUGGUGAACAAUACAAUUGUAUCGCCCGCGCACAGCAUUCAAUCGUGCAGUUCUUCUGCAUCAGCGAGCAAACAUAUGAAGACCCAGACGAAUUCCAGAUCGCUGUCUUCAUCUACAAUUAAUGGCAACAGUUGCUCGAAGUGUGGUCGCAAAUGCAAUGGCACUUCGGAUUUAUAUCGUCAUAUGCUCGACUGCUCGGGCGAUUAUAUUUGGUCAAUGGCUAAGAAAAGAAAAUAUCGGUAUUAUUGUGGUUCUAAGAAGCGAAGACCGUGCAACAAACAUAAUAUACUUGAAUUACGAAAAAACAAACCGAAACCGGCUAAAACGCCACCAGCAGUAGGCGUUGAAAGUGAGGAGACCACCAGUCCGAAUUUUGCAAAAACAAAAACACCGCCUCGACCAAGGCCCAGUGAUGCUGAAUCGAUUAAGAAAAUGUUGGAGAAUUUACCACCUAAACGAAUUUGCAAAAAGAUUUUUCCAUUACUGAAUAAAUCAAAAAAGCCACCGAACAUGAAGCCCCGGCUUAGAGUUAAGCAUAAAAUUUACCGAAGUCUACGAAAGACGCGCAUGCGACAAAUGUCUCAGGCCGCGAAAAUUUUGUCUAAAAGUAAAAGUCAACUGCACAAAAAGAAGCGGCUACCGCGAACGACCCCAGUAACCGUAGUCCGUGGAAGAAAAACGAAAGGCCUUAAGAUAGAGACGAAUAAGACCUUUAGAAAAAAAGAUAUAAAAUCGUUUAAGCAGCAAGCAAGCGAGAGCAUCAUAGAAGAUGCUAUAGACGUUGUGGAUAGUCCUAGAAAAACUAAAAUUGAGAAUGAAUCGGACUUGUCCGGAAGCAAGAAUGGUGAACCUGCGAGAACGAAUUUUAUAAUUGAGAAACGUUUAACUCCUAAAAAGUCUUCCUCGUCUUCCUUAAUGCUAAAUACGGAUGGUGAAUCGAACAAGACGCCGGCGUCGGAAGAUGCUGAGAAGUUAUUACAGACCCCAAAAAAAUUCAUAAAGCAAUUAGGGAUGCAGUUAGACAGUGUUGUUUAUUCAGAACAAAUCUCGAAAAAUGAAAAUAACGUCAGUGAUAAAAGCUCUCAAGCAUCUUUAAACAUUUCUGAAAGUAAUGCGAAUAGGAACAGUGGCACUAAUACCCUUGCAACGUCAUUUAUUGAACAGGAAAAAAUUGGGCAAACCAAUAAAAAUGUUAAACGAAGCAAACGCAUCAGCGAUUGUAUAGCAAUGUUGACAGGAAAGCUGGAAGAAAAACUUAAAACAGAACAGAAAAUCACGACGCCAACGAAAAUUACUGAAAGGACUGUGGAUAUUGAAAUUAUAGUGACUCCAGAAAAGCCGAAAACACCACCAUUACAGACAAUAGUUACACCAAUCAUAGAGCAUUCCAAAGUUCAAGAAACCGAUAGUAAUUGUAUAUUGUCGCCAAAAAAGACUCCCAAACGUAAGACUAUCUCAAGGCGUAUUAUUAAAGCACCGAGCUCAGUAAGUACAAGUGGUGAGCUCAAAGUAUUACCUGAAAAAGAAACGACUCCCAUUAUCAGUGCUAUGGCAACCAAAGCCAAAGUUACUAUUACAUCGAAUUCUAUUAAGGAUUCCGCUGCUUUAAAGCAUAAACAUUCAACGUCAAUGUUUAUGCAAAAUGUUGCAGCUGCAAAGCAAAUAACGACUGACGUCAAGUUAGCUAAUAUCAAUACACCAGUUUUAGCGCCCCCAACAUUACCUAAAGUUAUGCCAGUUUGUGCUUUAAAUAUGAUGCCUAAGGUGCCACUUUAUAUACCGGUGGAUAAUUUACGUGCUGCUGCUCCUCAUUUACUGCCUCUGCCUUUACCGAUGCCCGUACCUGUAGCGUUGCCUGUGGAAAAUGUGACGCAAAUUUCGCCUGAUGCCGGGCUUUCCAAUACUACAGCUGCCGCGGUAGCGGGCAUAAGCUUGGUUGCCCCAACUUUAUCUAUGGUCAGCGCUGUACCGGCUCACCUUCAGGGCCCAGCAGCUUUACCUUAUACAGUGCCUGCUUUUAACGCUGAACCCCUUAAUUUAUCGAAUGCUUCUAAAGGCUUACGUAAACAAAAUGAUGCUUCCCAGGAUUUAUCGUAUUCCGGUAGUCAACGUGCUGUAGGCGGUAUACCAGCUCGACGCCAAACAAUUUGUGGUGGAUUUGAAGCCCGCAAUUUUGCAAUAUUCGAAGAUAUGGAACCUUUGGACCUAUCAAAAAAGCCACGACCGGAGAAAAAUCCUAGUGUAACAUUAACGAAUGCAGGCCAUCAAAAACCAGUAGAUAUGGUUACACCCUUACUGCUACCACCGCCACUACCAGGUCCAGCAACUCCUGGACUACAAUCCGCUGAUGUUCCCGUCACAGCGUUGCCAUCUUUAACAUCCGAAUUACUACUUAACAAGCAGUUUUACUCGAACUUGGAUUUACUUAGAAUUCCACAAGUUAGAAAUCCAACUGCUGGACCAAUGAAUAAUGACUUAACGCUUACCAAUAUGGUUAACCAAAGCUGCAUUAAUACCGCUCCCACCACCAGCAUUAACAAUGCCACGACCACUUCAACAUGCGUCACUAAACCAUCAUCAAAAAAACGUAAUAAUAAAACUUCCAAUUUCGCAUUUACUGCUGUCGCGUUGUCUGGUACUACACAAAAUAAUGACGCAAUUAGCAACGCUCAAUCAGCAUCUACCAAAAGUAAAGAAACAUCCAAAUCGAAAGAUACUUGCGGUAAAAAUAAAGGCGUUUUAAAAAUGGAUGAAGAAGUAAUUAAUCACAUCGAUGACGCGAUCAACUCUGUAAUAAACGCGGUGAAGGCGAGUUUGAAGGAUAGCGAGGAUGCUGAGAAAUCUCAAAAUCAAUUAUGCUCGAAAACUACAGACGAUGUCGUGCCUGCCAACCCAUUACCCUGCAUUGAACUCAAGAGUUUUACUCCCGCUAAACGUAAUAUGCGUUCGAAAACAUUGGAUUACCGACCGGCCGCUCUCUCGAAACAAAAUUUACUGCCAAAUGCUAUUAUACCCGUUCAACAACAAAUAACAGAUAAUGUACUUAAAAAUAAUGCCGUAAUUGAAGUCAAUGCGCAAAUGAUAAUUGAAACUCAUAAAGAAGAGAUUGCCCGCAACGAUCCUAUUGCCGUUAAAAGUAACAUAUCUAGGAUAAUAGAUGAAAUAAGCAGCGAAAAAACAUUAAUGAAAACCGAUGUGGAGACGAAAAAGCUUAAUAACAAAGAUCAGAUACCUUUGGCUGAUAGCUCGAGAGCGAAAGAACCCGAUGUCUAUACUAAUUCGAUUACGUUAAAUCAAGAUAAGACUCAGAAUAAUGAAUUGACAAAAAAUCAAAUCGUAAUUGACAAUAAAGUGCAGGCAGUAAAAGACAUCACGACGUCAGAAAAAUCGGAUAAGGUUCUUAUUUCUUCGUUAUCAUCCAACGCGGAAACUGAGAGUGUAGCUAACAAUACAAAUACAACAACUACUAAUACACUAGAAUUGGAGCAGGUAAACAGCAACAUUAAUAAUACGUCAUCGGGUUUUCAUAGCUCCGCGCAAUCGGAUUUAGCAACUGCGACAUCUGUAACAGCAACUACAGUGACGGAGUGUACGGCACCAGAUGCAAGCAAAAAGAAACAAAGGAGGCGUCGUAAAAAUGAAUUAGCCGCAAUUGUAGCCGAUCAGUUGUUAGAAAGUUUCAAAAUUGACAAAGCCCGCCGCGACAAUUUGAAGAAAUUGGAGAAUCUGGCUUACGAGAAAAGCGAAGACCUUUUACUAACGGGAAUGCUUUUGAUGUCUAGCACGAAAAGGAUUGUAGCUUCGGGGACGGGCUCGACCACUACUGUGGAAAGCAUUGAGAGUAGCAGUAAUAGUGGCGCAAAUAAACGCAAUAAUAAAAAUCAGCGUCAACCGCCGAUACACGAAGUUAUACCAGCUUUAGCGGUAAGUGAAACAAUUCCAAUAACAGAACAGGAUAAAGUGGAUGGUAACGGCGUCAAUGGUCAGCAGCAAACACAGAUUGAGAAAGCGACCGAAAAGGAGACAAUAGAUACCAAGAAGCCAAACAAUAAACGUCGCCAAUAUCGAAGACGGGGAAAAGUAUUGGAUAACGAAAAUAUAAGUAAAUUAAAAUCAUCUUUGGAAUCAUUUUCCAUUGACAUUGAGCGUCAACUUAACGAGUUUGAGGCUAAGAAUGUGAACGUCUUCAAAAAUGUAGGUAGCGAUAUGAAAACGGUUAACAACUCCGCUGUAGAACAGAGCUCAACAUCAGCUAAAUCAUCAGUUAUCCUCAGACCAAGUAUUCUUUCUAUGACAUUGGAAGCGGUUAAUCAAAAUAAUAAUUCGCAAGCCAGUAAAACAGCGCCUAGUGAUACAAAUAAAUCUGCAGUUUCAAGUCGGGACCCUCGACUCAACAAAAACAUACAUAAAGAGGAUGGGACGCCAGCGAAAAAGUCAACAUCUCCCAAAAAGAAUGGGACCACAUUGGAUGAAAUUGGCGAUGUAGAUGAGGAUAAUUAUUUAACCGAAAUUGCAAAAAAUGUGAAUGAGAAGAUAAUGUCAACGGAAAAUGAAGAGUUUGCAUUUAAGGAUGACGGCUUUGAAUUGGUGAAUGAGAUGCCUGACGAUUCGAAUAGUAAAUUCUCUAGGCCGCCAACAUCGAUGAGUGUGCGCAGUGCACCGAACUUUAAUGACGAUCGCUCUAAUUUCGGUUCAAUAUGUGAUGAGAAUACCAACACCGAAGCCAUGGAUAUGGAUUUGGAUGACGAAAUGAGUGUGUAUACUAGCUAUUCGCAAGAUUUAGGCAGAGGUCGGGGUAGGCGUAGACGCCGCCGUCGCAGCAUAUUGUUAACACGUAAACCUAAAAAGCGUGCAACAAGUCGUGAUUUGUCAAGCGAAAAGAUUGAAUGCGUCUUAUGUAAGAAAACAUUUUAUAGCGCGAAUUCACUGGCCAAACAUAAUAUGACGUUGGCGCAUGUUUCCAAGGUUUCCGAGCAAGAGUAUCUUCUAUCAAAGACAAUGGCAAUUUCAUCGCCAUCCGUUGUGCCAGUUGAACAAAGUCAACAUAAUUCAUUGGGGCCAUAUGCCAGAAGAUUAACGAGAAGGGCGACAAUAUCUGAACCGCCCAGGCAAUUGUCGUUAGAAUCGAGGCCUUCGUCACCGUCACAAUUGCCAUCUUUACAACACGAUCCGACAUCCGUGAUAUUACAAUCAACGCCCAUUAGGCAUUUAUCAUUCAAGCAGCUGCCUAUUAAUUCAGAAACUUCAAGUGCCAUAAGAGAAAAUACGCAUUCGGAAGAAGUAGUGAUAGCUGAGCCUAGACAGAAACCUAGCAUUACUAGCAAGGAAUCACCUCCUCUUAAUGAAACAAAUGUCUCUGCGAAUUCUCGUUUGAAUCUCAAUCCAGAUGAACGCCUAUUUUUUGAAUGUUGCAAUAUAUUGAAAGGAGCAGAAACACCUCGCAUAACAGCCGAUGCUGGAAAUAAUCUUGACACAAAUUAUACAUAUACCUAUAAACAAGAGAAGACUUCGACUUUACCUGCUAGUAAUGUUGGACCCAGGGACCCGGCACCAAUUGGUACGGUAACAGAGGGUGCUACACGAAGACCUUUACCACCAGCGUUGCAUAAUAGUGUUCAACCAAUAAUUCAAAUGGCGACAGAGCCCUCCAAUGUUUUUAGAGAUCCGCAACUAAUAACAGCAGUAGGCACGGGGAACUCUUACAACAAGCAAAAUCAAGAAAGAAGCACGCGAUCGCCCACAUAUUCAGCCGUUUCCCAAUUAUCGGCAGUUACUAACACAACAUCCCGUUUCAAAACCAAGGCAGCUAUGAAGGGCUAUGAAAAUGUUAAUAUUGAUUUGGCUUUGCAACAACAUGAAUCGAAAUCACGUACCAUAUGUAAACUAACAGAAUUGGCUGAAAUUGCUUUAGGUACGGAAGAGAAACCCCCAAGCUCGCAUCAGUAUUCGCCUAUUCAGAAUAGUACGCCACCACCAGAGCUUUUGUCUGCACCACUUAUGGAUGCAGCAGCACAUGCAGCUAUGUCGGAUAAUAUCCAUAUGAAUACACCGGAAUAUGUCACACUCUCUGUGGUAGAUAAUCAAAAGAAUUGCAUGCCGCAAUUAGGCGGGAGAAACGAACGCGCCAAAAAUAAUGAGACACGUAGCUCCACAUCAUCCAAAACUAUUAUGCAUUCAUCAAUUAUAAAAGCGGCUGUGGAGGAACAUCAAAAACCUACCAUUAACAAUAAAAUAAUAAUACCAGAUCGUCCGUUUAAGAAUAUCGGUCUAGAAGAGAAGGAAACGAUCACUUUCCAGAAACCAAAAACACCUGCUGUAAAUUUGUUGAACGAUGACAAUAGUGUUUCUACGGCCAGCUUUUCUGAUCGUGACGAUUACGAUUUCGGUUCGUUAAGUUGCGAUGACGAGGGUAGCUUACGCGAGGGUAACGAAAAAAAUAUUAAAAAUGACUCAACAGAUUCAAGUACCGAAUCAAGCCGUGCCACAGCUAAAACUUUUGAAAAUAAAUCCUUGAUUAUGGGUCGUAUUUUCAAGAAUGCUACUACAAAGACGACAGUAAAGAAUGCUCUUACAGCCGUUAAGGUGAAAAGCGUCGGCGUGCAAAAAGAUCAGACACCCAUACCAAAGGCAGACCUUAAUCAACUAUUUGAUGAAUUGAGAGGUAAUUCUAGAGUAGAAGUGAAUGCUAAUGAUCGUACGGCGACAGCUGUGGCAUGUGGGAUUGUUGCUCCGUUAGUUACUUCCGCAGGUAUUUCGAUUGUGAACAAUUCACGUAAAGAAAUCAACAAUUCAACCGCACGUGUUAGUAGUGCUACUGAUCAUUUGCUUAAUAAACGCCAGCAAGAAUCUUGUAUGCCAUCAAAAGGUCUUACGGUACAUGCCGCCUCACCGCCUGCCGUAGUAAGCUCUACUACCACUACGCCGGCAAUAAAUGUUAAAAAAGGUCGAGAAACUCGUAGCAGGGCUAAUAACAGUAAUAAUAGUACAGGUCGUAAAGCUCGUAAGGAUAUUUCAAAGUUACAAACUGAGUUAGGCAUGAGUCCUGAUGAAAUAAAGAAACUCAUCGAUGAAGGUCAGCGUAAGUCUAAGCGGCGUUGUGCUACAAACCGUCCCAAGAAAUUAGUGGAAAUGUGGAGUUCUGAUGAAUAUGAGGAGUUUUUGUCCACUAAGGACAUUAUCGCUUUGAUUGAAGAAAAGGAGCAACAAGAGAAACGUCGCAAAAGAAAAACCAGUAUUAAUUUGUCAUCAAACAACAGUGAGGUGGCCAAAGAAAAGGAUGGCACAGAUGUUACUUCUAGUACCAGAGAUAAUAGGCGACGUAUUACGCGUACCCUGAGUAUUGCGACCGAACGUGAGGAUCUCGUUAACACCAAAAUAAUACAAACUGGUAGAAGAAAGUCAUCAGCAGCAAAUAAUUCUGGCAAACGUGGCGGCAGUGGUGGCAGAGAUGAGCUGCUUGUAAGUACGACCGCCAAAGUUUUAAAAAAUACCUCAGGUGUAAGGGCAUCUAACUCCAACAAAGCUAAUAAGCAUACGAAAAUGAAUGCAGAAGUUGUUUCAACUGUAGCUGAGAUCACUAAGAACCAUCGUAACAGUAGUAGAGCUAAGACGAGAAGUAAAUCGCUGGCACUAACUAACGCUACCAAAGCAAAACCUACUAACAGUAGACGUAAUUCCUCCUAUAAAGCCAAAUCAUCGAAGUUGGUUCAAUGUGAAGGCGAUAAUGAUGACGAAGAAGCCGAAGAUGAUGAUAAAGAUAUGGUAGAUGAUGACGAUGAUGAUGAUGAAGAUUUCCUUAUCUCGGAAUUGAAAAAAAAUAAUAAAACACGAGCUAGAGCUAUAAGAAAACCGGUACGAAAGGCAAUGGCUUCGGCGUCGGCAGCUAUAGUCACGUCUACCGGCAAUGAGCAAACAUCCAGAAAACGUGGCAGCAAUAACAAUAAUACCAAUUACAAUAAUUCAAAUCUAGUACAAAAUAAACAACAACAACAACAACAACAACAACAACAACAUACAAAAGCCAAACGCAAAUCACAGACCAACCAGUCAUCGCCACGCCGUAAAAGGAUUGCUACCGAAAAGCUAUACUAUUGGUCAUCAUCGAGUGAUGAAGAUUUCGGUCGCAUUAAUAGCAAUAAUAAAAGUCAUGUCUCAGUAAACGCUUCGGGCUCAGCGGCGACCGAUAAUUAUGAUUGCGGCGCCGAGCAAUAUCAGAAACACGGUUGGAUUGUGGGUGAUUCCCAUAAAAAGCUGGUUACAUUAUUAGCGAUAGCCAAAGGAAAUAAUAAGAAAGUGGACUCAAAUUGUGGCGUGAAAAAAAAUGUAACCAAACGACGCAAUUAGGGGAACCGAUUAGGUGUUGAUCGAAAUGCCUAUAAAUUAAAUAUAGCAGAUGGCGUAUUACAAAUUAUGAGGCAGUAGCAAUUGAUAUACUCGUUAAGUUAGUUUUAGAUUCCACCCCAUAAGUUUAGUUUAAAUUGUAGGGAUAGUUUUAGACUUAGACCGUUCUUACACACACACACACACACACACACACACAUUCACACCAACAUACACA